AUGGAGAACAAUAACCUGCAUAUCUCUGGAAAAAAGGCAAGGGCACGACGAUCGCUUAUUAUGAAAGAAAACCGUUCUAAACGUCAGAGACAAAAUUGCAACCAACCUGAUUCAAUCAAUGAUACGUUAUAUUCUCCUAAUUGCUUCACAACGAGACAACCUUUGUCUGAAAUCACUCCCUCGGCUCAGAAUCAAAAGACUAUCGCACAGAUUGUCGAAGAAGGGAUUAUGCUGAGUGCGCGUAUGCAGAAUUCUGAACCGAGUAUAACCAGACAUGUGUUUCGAAAUAACAUGAAGUCAUCCCAUUUAGAUUCCUUGGGAACAAAUUUAAUGUCUAAGUUUUCUACUGAUUGUACAAAUGAGAAUGGUGUACCAACUACAAUUGAGAAUGCCCAACAUGGGGUGACUUUUUCAACCAACCAAUUCUAUGAUCCUGGAAGUUCUUCCAAGAAUCCCAUAUAUACCGAAAAGAAAAAACCGGUUCGUGGCAGGCCUAAGAAGCAACUGGGAGUACCAAGCCUUGCCAUGAAUUUGAAUAGUAAUCCCCCUAAUGAAGCUGUCAACGUAUCUGUAGCACAACAGCCAACGAGCGGCUCGGACGAAGAUAGCGAUUACGACCCUUUUGCAACUUAUUUAUCCGAUGAGGACUUCUGUUCCGAACCUGAAGAUAACGAGGCACCUUUUACAAUUCAUGACAACUACACCCAUUCUUCUGAAGCUUAUUACGACAUAGGGGACCCGCUCAUUGAAUGUCGUUAUUGUAAAUCCAUGAUGUGGUAUCAAGAACGGAUGAAUAAAAGUUCCCAUUCUGCUAAUCCGAAGUUUAUGCUGUGUUGUUGCAAUGGGAAAGUUGAAAUACCACUACUAAAACAACCUCCAGAAGUUCUUGCAAAAUUGAUGUUUGACCAAGAUAACGUAGUCAGCAGAAAGUUUCAAAAACAUAUUAGAGUUUACAAUAUGAUGUUUGCGUUUACAUCGCCAGGUGCAAAGUUGGACAAUCGUUUUAACAAUGGAGGUGGACCACCAACUUUACGGAUACAAGGUCAAACAUGCCAUCGAAUUGGAAGUUUGUUACCUUCUCGAGGAGACACACCCAAGUUUGCACAAUUAUAUAUUUAUGACACAGAAAAUGAGGUCCACAAUCGAAUGAAGUGUCUAAGGACUGCCAAGAACAUUGAUCCAGAAGUUGUACAACAACUAUCUACAAUGAUGUAUGAACACAAUACUCAUGCCAAGAGCUUUAAAAUGGCGAAACAAUGGUUCAAUGAAGCAGAUACUCAAAACCUGAAGUUGAGACUCAUAACUGACAGAUCCACGGAUGGACGAGUGUAUAACCAACCGACAGUGUCUGAAGUUGCUGCCUUAGUUGUCGGUGAUAUUGACACAGCAGAAAUGAGGGAUAUAAUUAUGCAAUACCAAGGAGGUGGACUUAAGCGGAUCAACGAGCUCCAUGCAAGUUACAUGGCCUUCCAAUAUCCUUUGGUUUUUCCCUAUGGUGAGGACGGUUAUAGACCUAAUAUUGCCCAUAGAGACUUGCCGAUUUAUCAGAAUAGCUUACGAAAUAGGCUUACAAUAAGAGAAUGGCUCUCAUAUCGCAUUCAAACAAGGUUAGCUGAACCUAAGACUUUGUUAUCUUCACGAAGGUUGUUCCAACAAUUUCUUGUCGAUGGUUACACGAUGUUAGAAUCUGAAAAAUUAGAAUGGAUUCGCAAGAAUCAACCGAAACUUAGGGUGUCCAAGUAUAAUUCUCUUAAUGACGAGGGUGAACAAAGUCAAAUUGCAGGUUCUAGCAUCGGUAAAAGAGUGGUUUUGCCUUCGUCCUUUGUUGGUGGUCGUAGGUUUAUGGAUCAACUGUACUAUGAUGGAAUGGCUAUUUGUAGUAAGAUUGGUUUUCCGGAUUUGUUCAUAACUUUCACUUGCAAUCCUAAUUGGCCGGAAAUUCAUAGAGUUCUUGGACCACUACAUUUGAAACCACAAGAUCGACCGGAUAUCGUUUCAAGAAUAUUCAAAAUCAAGUUUGAUCAAUUGCUUGCGGAUUUGACAAAAAAUGGUGUAUUAGGCAAAGUACUUGCAUGUGAGUUGUCCCUUAGCACUUUUCCCUUGCUUCUUUUUAAUACUAAUGUGGUUUCAUAUGCGUUUUUAACUUUUGUAUUCUGUUUAUCACUAGAUAUGUACACCAUCGAGUUUCAAAAGAGAGGAUUGCCACAUGCACAUAUACUACUCUUUCUGCAUCCGUCCAACAAGUAUCCACGACCAGAAGACAUUGACAGGAUCAUUAGUGCAGAAGUUCCUGAUCCCUUGCAACACCCCAGGCUGUACAAUUUGGUUAAGUCUCAUAUGGUUCAUGGUCCCUGUGGCUUGGCAAAUCAGAGGUCCAUUUGCAUGAAAGAUGGGAAGUGCUUGAAAUAUUACCCAAAAAAAUUCCAACCUAACACUAUAGUGGACCAUGAUGGGUAUCCAGUUUAUAGGAGAAGAAACAAUGGAAACACAAUUGAAAAAAAUGGGAUAAUCUUUCAUAGUGGACAUGUUGUACCGCACAACCCAAGUUUGUUGUUAAAGUACGAAGCACACAUCAACAUGGAAUGGUGCAAUCAAAGUACUUCUAUCAAGUACCUUUUCAAAUACAUCAACAAAGGUUCAGACAGAAUUUCUGCUGUUAUACAAGGCCAGUCCAAGGAUGCAACUUCGGGGAAAAACAAUGUUGACGAAAUUAAACAAUAUUUGGAUUGUCGAUACAUCUCCCCAAGUGAGGCAUGUCGGAGGAUAUUUGCAUAUUCCAUACACGGAAGAAAACCAGCAGUAGAAAGGAUGUAUUUUCACUUGGAGGGAGAACACUCUGUUUACUACAGAGAUCACGAGCAAGUUGGUGAUGUUCUGCUCAAACCAAGUGUUACCGAAUCAAUGUUUACAGCUUGGUUUGAGGCAAACAAUAGUUUUGAAGAGGCAAGGCUUUUAACUUAUGGUGACUUUGUUUCUAAAUUUGUUUAUCAUAAACGGAGUAGGAGUUGGAAGCCAAGGAAAAGAGGGUAUACCAUUGGUCGUCUUUGUUGGGUGCCUCAAUGCUCAGGUGAAUUGUUUUAUUUAAGAAUGAUGUUAACUGUUGUUAAAGGCCCUUUAUGUUAUAAUGACAUCAAGAAAGUUGAUGGUGUUCAACAUAAGACUUUUAGAAAGGCAUGUUUUGCUAUGGGUUUCCUUCAAGAUGAUCGAGAAUUUAUUGAGGCCAUCAAAGAGGCACAUGUUCGGGGUUCAGGUUUAUUCUUACGAAAGUUAUUUGUGACUAUGCUUUUGUCCUCAUCCAUGAAUCGACCAGCACAUGUAUGGAGAAAGUCUUGGAAGUAUUUAUCUGAUGGUAUACUUUACGAACAACGGUUGGUGGCAAGAAAUCAAGUCGCAAUGCACCUAACUAUGAACAUGUCCCUGUAUUUGUUCCAAUAUGCAGGAAGCAAUGCAUCUAACUAUGAACAUGUCCCUGAAUUGACACUUACCGACGACGAACUUCAACAACUGACUUUGAUGGCUAUUGAAACACUAUUGCAAAAUAACAACAAAACAUUGAAAGACUAUAAGCCAAUGCCAUAUCCGAAAGAUUAUGUUGUUUCCUUCUCGGGUAAUAGGCUUAUUUAUGAUGAGCGUCAAUAUGAUCCUAUUGCUCAACAACAGCUAUUUGCAAGGUUAUACGGUUCUCUAACAGAUGAGCAAAGAAGCAUUUAUGAAGAGAUCAUGGAAGCUGUAGAGAAACAAAGAGGCGGCGUGUUCUUUUUAUAUGGAUACGGUGGGACCGGAAAGACUUUUAUGUGGACCACUUUAUCAGCGGCCCUUAGGUCUAAGAAAAAAAUCGUCUUGCCGGUUGCAUCAAGUGGGAUUGCAAGUUUGUUGUUACCUAAUGGAAGAACAGCUCAUUCUCGGUUUAAGAUUCCAGUCCCUACUUUAGAUUCUUCUAUUUGCAACAUUGACAAAAAAGAUGAUAUUGUUGGGCUUCUCAAAGUUACAGAUCUAAUAAUAUGGGAUGAGGCUCCUAUGGCUAACAAGUAUUGUUUUGAGGCACUUGACAAGUCAUUGAAAGAUAUUAUGAGUGGCACUACACAUGGUCAAGAUAAGAUAUUUGGAGGUAAGGUUGUUGUUUUUGGUGGUGACUUCAGGCAAAUUCUCCCCGUAGUACCAAGAGGUACUAGAUCUGAUUUUAUUUAUGCAACAAUCAAUUCUUCAUAUAUCUGGGAUCAUUGUAAAGUCCUAAAGCUCACAAAAAACAUGCGGUUACAAAGUGGUGCAGCUACUUCUACAACAGAAGACAUUAGGGCAUUUUCUGAAUGGAUUCUACAAAUAGGUGAUGGGACAAUGUGCGAGCCCAAUGACGGUUAUGCUGAUAUUUGUAUUCCCGAAAAGUUUUAA